AUGCAGUCGACCACGCGAGCGCUGAACGCAGCAGCUGCAACGCCAGAGAUUACACCACAGAGAGCAACACCGGCAGCAGAGUCGCCUCCAUCGCAGCAGAGGAAGAGCCCGGUCUCGGCGGCAGCGGCUGCAGCAGCAGUAGCUACUGCGGCAGGACGGAAGCGGGUCGUGGCAGACUUUGAGUUCGGGCGCACGCUUGGCGAGGGCUCGUAUUCAACAGUAGUCGAGGCGAGGGAGAAGGCGACAGGCAAAGUGUUUGCAGCCAAGAUCCUGGACAAGCGGCAUAUCAUCAAGGAGAAGAAGAUAAAGUACGUCAACAUUGAGCGCGACGUGCUGCACAACCUCCACCACCCGUUCAUCGUGCGCCUGCACUAUGCGUUCCAGGAUGCCCACAGCCUGUACUUUAUCAUCGACAUAGCCAGUAACGGCGAGCUGCUGUCGUGGAUUCGCAGACUGGGCGCCCUGUCCGACGAGUGUGUGCGGUUCUAUCUGGCGGAGCUUGUUGUCGCCGUCGAGUACAUGCAUAUGGAGCACACGCUGCACCGCGACAUAAAGCCCGAGAACAUUCUACUCGGCGACGAUAUGCACAUCCUGGUGACCGACUUUGGCACAGCCAAGAUGUUUGGCAAGGACGAGACCGACAUGCGCGCGUACUCGUUCGUCGGCACUGCAGAGUACGUGUCGCCGGAGCUGCUCACCGACAAGGCUGCCGACCGCAACAGCGAUCUAUGGGCUAUCGGCUGCAUUGCAUUCCAGCUGCUCACUGGCCGCCCGCCGUUCAAGGGAGUGAACGAGUACCAGACCUUCCAGAAGGUCCUGAAGCUUGACUAUGCAUUCCCAGCAAACAUCUCGCCGGCUGCCCGCGACAUGGUCGAGCGCAUACUGGUGGUUGAGCCCGAGAAGCGGCUGGGAUCGGUUCAGCGCGGCGGGCUGAAGGAGCUCAAGGAGCACCCGUUCUUUGACGGCUUUAGCUGGCAAGCAUUGGCCACACGGACCCCGCCU